GGGAAUCUUUCUCAACCCCUGUUAUUGUGUCUUUAUUGGUUUCUUAGUUGAAGAUAGCACCAGUGAGAGGAUUUCGGGUUGAGGACACAAGAUAGAGUAUUAUUUUUCACAAUUGACGAACCUGUUGGUUAAUGCAUGGAUGGAAGAGAAGGUAUGGGUUUUCCUGGCGGCUCUGCUCCAUAUUACAUGCAGCAUAGAGGAGGGGUUAGUGGGUCUGGUCCUGGAACUGGAACGCCCUCUGGGUUCCAACCACCUUCUGGGUUCAGAGCUUUGUCUAAUGUCUCAUCAGGUUCUACAUUCUCAUUAGAAGCUAAGCCUCCGUCUCAACCUCAGCCUCAGCGGGGAGGUUUCGGUCAUGGAAUUAACUUAGGUUCCUCUCCUGGAAUUAACUUAGGUUCCUCACCUGACGGUGGAGGCGGUGGUGGAAUGUCUUCUUCUGGUGACCCUGUGAAAAAGAAAAGAGGGAGGCCAAGAAAGUAUGGUCCUGAUAGUGGGACUGUUUCCCUGAGACUCUCUCCCUUGUCUGCCACUGCUAAUUCCACCCCAGGAUCAGGCACUCCCUCAGAGAAACGGCCUAGAGGGCGCCCACCUGGAAGUGGAAGGAAGCAACAGCUUGCUAAUUUAGGUGAAUGGAUGAACAGUUCUGCAGGACUAGCCUUUUCACCUCAUGUUAUCACUGUUGGAGUUGGGGAGGAUAUUGUAGCAAAGUUAUUCUCAUUUUCACAGCAGAGGCCAAGGGCUUUGUGCAUCUUAACUGGAACUGGUACUGUUUCUUCUGUCACUCUGCGCCAGCCAGCUUCUACUACCAUCAGUGCUUCUUAUGAGGGCCGAUUUCAAAUAUUAUGCUUGUCUGGUUCUUACUUGGUCGCUGAAGAAGGUGGACCACGCAGUAGAACAGGUGGCAUGAGUGUUUCCCUUUCUAGUCCCGAUGGUCAUAUUAUUGGUGGUGGUGUUGCCAGCCUUAUAGCUGCAAGCCCAGUCCAGGUGGUAGUGUGCAGUUUUGUAUAUGCAGGCUCUAAGCCAAAGACUAAACAAGUGACCACUGCUACAAAAGAUAACAAUUCUGAACCUCAGAGUAGUGACAAGUUAGCUUCUCCAGCCAGUGCUCCUCCUAAUCAAAACUACUCUUCUCCUGCCCCAGGCAUGUGGCCUGCUCAAUCAAGGCCGUUAGAGGUGAAAAGUGCACAUCCACACACUGGUAUUGACUUGACGCGUGGGUGAACAACAUUUAUUACUUUACAAGACAUUGCAGUUUUGUAUAGAAAUCUCUUGUUGUAAAUGAACCGAAUUUGUGAGCAUUGUGACUCUUGCUAUCCCCGUUUAUGGGUGACAAGUUCUUGCUAACCUAUGCUGUAACCAAUGGAUUUCGGGGUCAAGUAAGACUCUUGACUUAAGAAAAAACUGUUUGGUGAAGUGAAAAGCAAAAUAUCAGGAUCAA